CCUGUUAGUUCGGUGCAGUUCAACGGAACAGUUGAGAGUGAUUCUUGAAGAGACGUUCAACGCUUUAUAAAUUAUAUUAAAAAUUUUUGCUGCAUAAACCAAUUCUACGAAGGAUAAUCAUGCAGAUUUUCGUCAAGACAUUGACUGGAAAAACCAUAACCCUCGAGGUUGAAGCAUCAGAUACAAUUGAAAAUGUGAAAGCCAAAAUCCAAGACAAAGAGGGAAUUCCACCAGACCAACAAAGAUUGAUCUUUGCUGGCAAACAAUUGGAAGAUGGGCGCACGCUUUCUGACUAUAACAUCCAAAAGGAAUCUACCCUUCACCUUGUACUUCGUCUCCGUGGAGGAAUGCAGAUUUUCGUAAAAACCCUUACGGGAAAAACAAUUACUUUGGAAGUUGAGGCAUCAGAUACUAUUGAAAAUGUUAAGGCUAAAAUCCAGGAUAAAGAGGGUAUCCCACCAGACCAACAAAGACUGAUCUUCGCUGGUAAACAGUUGGAAGAUGGGCGCACGCUUUCCGAUUACAAUAUCCAAAAGGAGUCCACUCUCCAUCUUGUACUCCGUCUCCGUGGUGGAAUGCAAAUUUUCGUAAAAACUCUCACAGGUAAAACUAUAACUCUGGAGGUUGAGGCGUCGGACACUAUUGAAAAUGUAAAAGCUAAAAUCCAGGACAAAGAAGGUAUUCCUCCAGACCAACAGAGACUGAUUUUCGCUGGUAAACAACUGGAAGAUGGGCGCACGCUUUCCGAUUACAAUAUCCAAAAGGAGUCCACUCUCCAUCUUGUACUCCGUCUCCGUGGUGGAAUGCAAAUUUUCGUGAAAACUCUCACUGGUAAAACUAUAACUCUGGAGGUUGAGGCGUCGGACACUAUUGAAAAUGUAAAAGCUAAAAUCCAGGACAAAGAAGGUAUUCCUCCAGACCAACAGAGAUUGAUCUUCGCUGGUAAACAAUUGGAAGAUGGGCGCACGCUUUCUGAUUAUAAUAUCCAAAAGGAGUCCACUCUCCAUCUUGUACUCCGUCUCCGUGGUGGAAUGCAAAUUUUCGUAAAAACUCUCACAGGUAAAACUAUAACUCUGGAGGUUGAGGCGUCGGACACUAUUGAAAAUGUAAAAGCUAAAAUCCAGGACAAAGAAGGUAUUCCUCCAGACCAACAGAGAUUGAUCUUCGCUGGUAAACAAUUGGAAGAUGGGCGCACGCUUUCUGAUUAUAAUAUCCAAAAAGAAUCUACCCUUCACCUUGUACUCCGUCUCCGUGGUGGUAUGCAGAUUUUUGUUAAAACGCUGACUGGAAAAACUAUUACUCUUGAGGUUGAAGCAUCCGACACAAUUGAGAACGUUAAGGCUAAAAUUCAAGACAAGGAAGGUAUUCCUCCAGACCAACAGAGAUUGAUCUUUGCUGGUAAACAACUGGAAGAUGGGCGCACACUUUCUGACUACAACAUUCAGAAAGAAUCCACUCUACAUCUUGUACUCCGUCUUCGUGGUGGUAUGCAGAUUUUCGUAAAGACUCUCACUGGUAAGACUAUUACUUUGGAAGUUGAGGCAUCGGACACCAUCGAAAAUGUUAAGGCUAAAAUCCAGGACAAAGAAGGCAUCCCACCAGAUCAGCAGAGAUUGAUUUUUGCCGGUAAACAGCUGGAAGAUGGACGUACGCUUUCUGAUUACAACAUCCAGAAGGAGUCAACUCUCCACCUUGUACUCCGACUGAGAGGUGGAAUGCAGAUUUUCGUGAAAACUCUUACUGGAAAAACUAUCACUCUUGAAGUUGAGGCAUCAGAUACUAUUGAAAAUGUUAAGGCAAAAAUUCAGGACAAAGAAGGCAUUCCACCAGAUCAACAGAGAUUGAUCUUUGCUGGUAAACAAUUAGAAGACGGACGCACACUUUCUGAUUAUAAUAUUCAAAAAGAAUCUACUCUCCAUUUGGUACUUCGACUUAGGGGAGGAAAUAUGUGAUUCCUAUAUGUGAUCUCCUUUUAUUAAAUAAAAUUUAUGAAAAUAAAUAGCAACCAAUUUUUUUUACUUUUAUUCAUUAUAAUUACUGAUAAUGUGAUAAUUGUUUAAAUGAUAUACACCGAUAAAUAAAUGGAAUAUUAAAAAAAUAA